AUGUACGAUAACUUCCAACAACCACCUCCUUAUGAACCUCUAUCAAGUAAUUUUUAUACACAACCUGUGUAUUCUAAUCAAUAUGAACAAGCUCCAUAUAUUGAUAAUACAUAUAUGAAUCAACAAUAUCAACCGACGUAUCAAGCAGUUUCUCAGCAACCAACUCCGGUAUAUCAAUCAGUACCUGAACAACAACCACCUACUUAUGCAAUGGCUGUUCAAUCACCCGCACCCUCAGCACCUGUGAUGCAACAGCCUACAAAUAAUAAUUCGAUUGCAUCAGGAAAUAGUUCAAGACCACAAGGAACACCAUUUUCUAAAGGUUAUAAAUGGCCACGUAAAUCAAUAGGCCUUGUUUGUCCACAAUGUGGUGCAACAAUAACAACACGUGUAGAAACGUCAAUUACGGUUAUUACUAUUAUUGGAGCAGUUAUAUUAUGUAUAUUUACUUGUAUUUUAACUUGUUUACCAUUUUGUAUUCCAGCGUGCAAAAGAUCUACUCAUUAUUGUCCUUAUUGUAAUAGUGUUUUAGGUAUACGAAGUCCACUUCGAUAA